AAAUGAGAACAAUUGUGAACAAACUAUUUUAUUGACGCAAUCUGGUCUCUUUUACUAGUAUUCAAUAAAUAUAGACGUGGACAAUACAACGAAGCACAAUAACUCAAAAACGAAAACACGACUAAUUAAAGAGAAAUAAAAGUUGUACUAAAAUUAAUGUAGAGGCUUUGCCAAUGGAGAAUUUGGAGCAGGUGCUGGACUUGGAGCAUUAGCUGCAAUGUCACAUAACAAACAUAAAUAACAAUUACUUGAAUUCAUUGAUAAAUUAUUUUAUAUUUGACUUUAUUUGAAUCAUAAUUAGUUGCAGAGUAAUUUUUAUAUAUAUGCUUCCGAUCAAGAUGAAAUUUGUUAGUAGGUGAAAAUUAUUCAGAUAAAAAAAUUAAAACCCAUAUAUAUUUUCAUAUGCAGGAUAAAAGUGCAAUGAAAUAAAUUAUUAAAAUGAAAUGAAGUAAAAACAAAUGUUACAUCCCUUCUUAUGCCAUUCAAAAUGGAAGGAAAGUAUUGAUUAAAUUGACUAAUCACAGUGUUUUCAUUCUAUUUUAAAUAACACUACUUAGAACUUUGAUAGGUUUGAUAGGUAUGGUCUCCAACAAAACUCUAAAAUACCAAAGAAUUUAUCAUAAAAACAUUCAAUAUAUUUCUAUUACAUUUCAUUUGAUUAGUUUAUUUUUUAUUAAUCAAAUUUUAGGUUAAAAAGUAAUGAUUCCGUAACCACAAUAGACAAUAAUUAAAGAUGUUGAAGUGGCGUGAGAAGAAGGUUAAUUUCUCACCAAAAAAACUUGAUAAAACAAAAGCAUAAAUAUACUAUGUAAAUAUAAAUUUAUAUUUACAUAGCAAAGGAUGAAAUUAAUAACGUACUCACAAAUACAAUACCAUGCAAUAGAUUCGAAUGCAGAACAACAUGAACCACACUUGGUUGUGAUUGUGAAUUAUCAUCCAUAAAAUAAGGUAGACAGUCCACCACAAAAGUAAGUUAUAAUUUAUCUACAAUAAUGUGUGGUUUGUGAUGGUAAAGGAGAAAUUGUGAGAUGGGCAUUAGAUAUAUUUGGAAAUGGCAUCAAAGCAAUAUUACUUACUUUUCAUCAAUGCAUGUUGUAUGAUUUGAAUUUGAAAGAAAAACGCAUGAACUUAGUCCAAGCUCAAAUCCGACCGAACCUGCGUAUUGUCACUUGACAUACCUCCACAUUUGUACAUUUGUGUCAUCCAUCGUAUGUGGUACUUUCAUAUUUUUAAAGCAAAGUUGUUGCAACUUCCACGGUGGGUGGUUAAUUACUUAUGGGAUUAACUAACAUAACUGAAAGUCAGUUACGAUGUUGUUAGUGUCAGCUUCAUCUUUACCUUCAAUUCUUCACUUCCUUCCAGGUUCCGAUCCUCCUUACAAGGUUUUAGAACAACACCCUUAUCUUAAUCUCCUCGCAAAAUGCAACAACAUAAAUACCUUCAAACAAAUUCACUCACUUCUCAUCAAAACCGGUCUCCACAACACCAUUUUCGUCCAAAGUAAGCUCAUCCAUUUCUGCGCCGUUUCACCUUCCGGCGAUCUCUCCUACGCUCUCUCUCUCUUCGCACGUAACCAACAACAACAAAUUCACAAUCACUUCAUUUGGAACGCUCUCAUUCGAGGACACUCUUUGAGCCCUUCUCCUAUAUCUUCCUUAUACUUUUUUUCUCGAAUGCUUCACUAUGGACUUCAACCAAAUUCUCACACUUUCCCUUUUCUCUUCAAGUCUUGCGCAAAAUCAAAGGCUACCCAUGAAGGUAAACAGCUUCAUGCUCAUGCUUUGAAGCUGUCCCUUCACUUUCAUCCACAUGUUCACACUUCGCUCAUUCAUAUGUACGCUUCUGUUGGGGAAUUGGAUUUUGCACGUUUGGUGUUUGAUAGAAGUCCUCUUAGAGAUGCGGUUUCUUUUACGGCUCUUAUUACUGGGUAUGUCUCGCAGGGUUAUGUGGAUGAUGCUAGACGACUUUUUGAUGAAAUUCCAACCAAAGAUUUGGUGUCUUGGAAUGCUAUGAUUGCUGGGUAUGUUCAAAGUUGUCGUUUUGAAGAAGCUAUUGAGUGUUUUUGUGAGAUGCAGAAGACAAACAUCUCACCCAGUAAGAGUACAAUGGUGACUCUUCUCUCUGCUUGUGGUCACACAGGGUCGCGGGAAUUGGGUAAUUGGAUAGGUUCUUGGGUUAGAGAUAAUGGGUUUGGUUCGAAUCUUCAGAUGACCAAUGCACUUGUUGAUAUGUAUUCUAAGUGUGGUGAAAUUGAUACUGCUCGUCAGUUGUUUGAUGGAAUGGAGGAAAAAGAUGUGAUUUCGUGGAAUACUAUGAUUAGUGGUUAUUCUUACUUGAGUUUAUAUGAAGAAGCACUAGCAUUGUUUGAUGUCAUGCUUAGAUCGAAUGUGAAGCCUAAUGAUAUUACUUUUUUAGGAAUUCUUCCUGCAUGUGCUUGCCUUGGUGCUCUUGAUCUUGGUAAGUGGGUUUAUGCAUACAUUGAUAAGAACUUGAAGAGCAGUAGCAAUGCUUCUCUUUGGACAAGUCUCAUUGACAUGUAUGCAAAAUGUGGUUGCAUUGAGGCAGCGGAAUGGGUUUUUAGAAGUAUGAAUUCUAGUAGUUUGUCUGCUUGGAAUGCCAUGUUAUCAGGAUUGGCCAUGCAUGGACACGCAGAGAAGGCUCUAGCACUUUUUUCAGAAAUGGUCGACAAGGGAUUUCAGCCAGAUGAUAUCACAUUUGUUGGUAUAUUAUCUGCCUGUACACAAGCCGGUUUGGUAGAUCUUGGACAAAACUAUUUCAGGUCAAUGAUGCAAGAUUAUGGAAUCUGUCCGAAAUUGCAACACUAUGGUUGCAUGAUUGAUCUCUUAGCUAGAGCUGGAAAAUUCGAAGAAGCAGAGAUUCUUAUGAAAAAUAUGGAAAUGGAGCCUGAUGGAGCUAUUUGGGGUUCUCUUCUUAGUGCUUGUAAGGCUCAUGGACGUGUUGAGUUGGGUGAAUAUGUAGCAGAACGCCUCUUUCAAUUAGAGCCAGAAAAUGCAGGUGCAUUCGUGCUUUUAUCGAAUAUAUAUGCAGGAGCUGGAAAAUGGGAUGAGGUAGCAAGGAUAAGAACAAGGUUAAAUGACAAAGGAAUGAAGAAAGUUCCUGGUUGCACCUCUAUAGAGAUUGAUGGUGUUGUUCAUGAGUUCCUUGUUGGUGAUAAGUUCCACCCUGAAUGCAAAAAUAUUUAUAGUAUGUUGGAUGAGAUAGAUAAGCUUUUGGAGGAAAAUGGGUUUGUGCCUGAUACUUCUGAGGUACUCUAUGAUAUGGAUGAAGAGUGGAAAGAAGGUGCUUUGAGUCAACACAGUGAGAAGUUGGCUAUUGCUUUUGGUUUGAUAAGCACAAAGCCUGGAUCUACAAUUAGGAUCGUUAAGAACCUUCGUGUUUGUGGAAACUGUCAUUCGGCUACCAAGCUAAUAUCUAAAAUUUUCAAUAGGCAAAUAAUUGCGAGAGAUAGAAACCGUUUUCACCAUUUUAAAGAUGGGUUUUGCUCAUGUAAUGAUUGCUGGUGAAACUUUAAUCUAUCUAUUCAGUGGAAUAUCAUUUGCACUUGUGCAGAAAGAAAAGCAAACCAUUUGCAUUCAUAUAGCUUACAAAGAUUGAUUGGUACAUGUGUGCUCUCUCACUAUUGAAGUGCAAAUCCUUCUUUAUUUAUAAAUACAUCUAUGAUUACUACAUGAAAUUGGCCUAAUGUUAAGAUUAGCUCAAUGCAAUGCAGCUGAAUCC